GAUGCUGUGAUGGGUAUUCUUGCCUGUUUUGUGGCCCUUGUCUCCAGGUACCACCGGCAAAACAUGGGCCAAUCUAAAGUUGCCUUUCCAUCUAGCUUAACAGAGGAGGGACGUGAAAAGGAUGACAAGCUCCGCCUUGCUAAGAGAACAGCGAGGUGGCUUUGUGGCGGCAGCUGUGAUCCACGCACGCGUCCGAAAGCAGCACACCAUACCAGCAGUUCCGCCCUCAAUUUGCCAUCUGCACCGCGGCGUGCCUGGCGGGAAUAGCGACAGCGGAGGCUAGGUUCUCCUGCGUUCAAGGCCGCACGACCUAGGCGCAACGGAGAAGGUCGGUCGCUCACCUCCGCAAAAAUAUGUAGAAAUUGCGGGGUACAACAGAUGUAGUGGGAUCGACCAGCCGCUAACAAUGUUCCCCAACUCUCGAGCGACUCGCUCGCCCUGCAUAAAUACAAUGCGGGGGACCCGGGAACCGUUUUCUGGGCGCUGUAAUGAUGAUUUUAAAUCUCGUACUGGCGCUGGCGGUGUUACAGUGGACUGCAGCGGCUUCGUAUGGUACCUCCUUCCGCAAGUCAUGUCUAGGCUUCAACGCGACGUCCUUCCUCACAAACUCAACUCUUCGUCUGCACGAGUAUGUGCCGGCUAAUACUACCAUUCCGCUCAAUGGCAUGGAUUCGACCUGCAGUCGGGCGGACCAGCUAUUCUCCGUGGAAGCAUGCCGCAUAGCCCUCACAGUACCAACUACCAACCGUUCCUCAGUCAUUGUCGAGGUCUUUCUCCCACGCAACGAUGCCUGGACCGGCCGCUACCUCGCAACUGGAAACGGUGGGAUAGACGGUUGCAUCAAGUACGAAGACAUCGCGUAUGGCCUGUCACAUGGUUUUGCGACCACCGGAUCCAAUAACGGCCACAAUGGGACAGGUGGGAAAGACUUCUUCAACAACGAAGAUAUCGUCAUCGACUUCUCCUGGCGUGCACUGCACACCGCCGCGAACACAGGAAAGACUCUGACCAAAGCGUUCUACAAGAUGGACCUCGGGAAGAGCUACUACAUGGGCUGCUCCGGCGGCGGACGGCAGGGCAUCCAAGCCGCAGAUCUCGUUCCGCAAGACUAUGACGGGAUUCUGGUCGGAUGUCCAGCUCUUAAUUUCAACUACAUGUCUGCCUGGCGAGCAAGCUUCUACGCCAUUACAGGAGCAGCGAACAGCUCGGACUUCGUCGCGCCCGAGACAUGGCAGGGCCUCAUCCACAACGAAGUCCUAGCACAAUGCGACGCCCUCGACGGCGUACAAGACGGUAUACUAACCGAUCCGUCCCUCUGCCUGGGCAUCUUCCGACCUGAAGCUCUCUUGUGCACCGAGUCGAACACAGCAGACUGCCUCACCGCAGUCCAAGUCGACAUGGUCCGCCGCGUCUUUAGCCCCCUCUACGGCGUCGACGGUAAGAUGAUCUACCCUCCGCUUUCUCCUGGCGCAGAAACCCUGGCAACGCAGCGCCUCCUCUCCGGCACGCCGUUCUCCUACUCCGUAGACUGGUUCCGGUACGCUGUGUACUCUGAUCCCUCAUGGGACCCGGCAGCAUUCACCAUUGCCGACGCAGCUGCAGCAGAGACGAAGAACCCUGGGAAUUCGGUGACCUGGCCGUCCUCCUUGUCCAAUUUCCGCGACGCAGGCGGGAAAAUGCUUAUCUUCCACGGCGGCGCAGACCAACAAAUCACGCACCUUGAUACCGAGCGAUGGUACAACUACCUUUCCGUCGGCAUGGCGUCCCGGCCUUCAGACCUUGACACCUGGAUGCGAUUCUUCUUUGUGCCGGGGAUGAACCACUGCUCUGGCGGCGCGGGAGCCUGGCAGAUUGGGCAGAGCGGCGCUGCGGCGGCGGGUAUCGGGUACACGCCGAAGUUCAACGUGUUGGCUGCUCUUGUGGAGUGGGUUGAGGGCGGGACGGCGCCGGGGGAGUUGAUGGGGACGAAGUUUGCGAAUGAUACGGUGGCACAGGGUGUGCAGUAUCAGAGGGUGCAUUGUAGAUAUCCGACGAAGAGUGUGUAUUUGGGCGGGGAUGCGGGGGCGGUGGAGAGCUGGGGGUGCAAGUAGAGGAUAGAGAGGGGUUAGAGGGAGUGAUCAAUUGCAACUUCCUUUGCUGGCCGAAUGCGCCUUCUUCAAGUUGUGCAGAGGAUUCCUCACGACAGAUGAGUACACAGCCAGUGUCACGAGCAUUGUACGUAUAAUUUCAUCAGUACUUCCAUCAUUGCUUUGAAUCAGUCAUGUUCACAAUGUCAAUAUCAGGUUCAGACACUGCAUUAAUCCUCGCUGCUUUCAAAGACCACUAAACAUAACCUAUCAAACUCGCCCAAAAGCGCCUCUCGUUCUUUUCU